AUGGACGAGCCGCUAGAAGAGUACGUGCGGUCGCUGCCCCGGCGUCCCGACUGCCUCAUCGCCGACACGUGCAACCCGUGGACGGCGGGGGUGUGCGCCCGCCACGGCAUUCCUCGCCUCAUGCUGCACUGCCCGUCCGCCUACUACCUCCUCGCCACGCACAGCCUGUCCACGCACGGCGUGUACGACCGCGUCGCCGACGACGAGCUGGAGACGUUCGAGGUACCGGACUUCCCCGUGCGCGCCGUCGGGAACAGGGCCACGUUCCGCGGCUUCUUCCAGUGGCCAGGAAUGGAGAACUACGAGCGCGACGUCGUCGAGGCCGAGGCCACCGCCGACGGCCUACUGAUCAACACGUUCCGCGACCUCGAGGGCGUCUUCAUCGAUCGCUACGCGGUGGCGCUGGGACGGAAAACGUGGGCCAUCGGGCCGACGUGCGCCUCUGGCGGCCUGGACGCGGACGCGAUGGCCGGCCGGGGCAACCGCGCGGACGUCGACGUCGGCCUCGUCCUGUCGUGGCUUGACGCCCGGCCGGCGUCGUCCGUGCUCUACAUCAGCUUCGGCAGCCUCGCGCAGCUGUCGCCGAAACAGGUCAUCGAGCUCGCCCGGGGCCUCGAGGCGUCCGAGCGGCCGUUCGUGUGGGCCAUCAAGGAGGCCAAAUCCAACGCCGACGUGCAGGCGUGGCUCGCCGAGGGGUUCGAGGAGCGCGUCGCGGACAGGGGCCUCCUCGUCCGCGGGUGGGCGCCGCAGUUCUGCAGCGAGCGGCUGCUCGUCGAGGUCCUCGACGUCGGCGUCAGGUCCGGCGCCAAGCUGCCGCCCAUGAACCUACCGGAGGAGGCCGAGGGGGUGCAGGUGAGGAGCGCCGACGUGGAGAAGGCGGUGGCCGAGCUCAUGGACGUGGCCCCGGACGGGACGGCGAGGAGGGCGAGGGCCAAGGAGCUCGCCGCGAAGGCGAAGGCAGCCAUGGAGGAAGGCGGGUCGUCGUACGCCGAGUUGGACGACAUGUUGCGCCACGUCGCGGAGCUAAGCAUGAAGAAGAGCCACGAGGAGGACACGGGCGUGAGCACUCAGCCUUCUGCGCCACUGCUUGGAAGUAAGAACAAGGAGAACAUAGGAGCCGGCGCCGCCUUGUCAGUAGAGUCCUAA